GCAAGCCUGGACAAGUAGCAGCAGCAGCAGCAGCUCUGUGUUUGUAUGUGUGUGUGUGUGUGUGUGAAGAAAAUGUAGGGCAGCCGCUUGUUCUCCCUCCCUCUGCCAUCUCUCUCCCUAUCUUCUCCUCUGUCUGUCUUUGUUUCCGCGCUGUGCUGCCGUAGCUGCAGUCGCCACGGCGACGGCUGACAUUGUUGCCUCGGCUUCACUUCCGUAUUUGCAGAGGCUUGGCUCUCUCUCUCUCUGUCUCCCUCUCCGUCUCGGCUCACCUCGAGGAUUUACAGAGGGGGCAUGUAACCUCCCUGAGGAACCAUUGUCUGCGUGAGGGUGUGUGUGGGUGUAUGAGUGUGUGAUUGCGUGUGUGUGUGUGUGAGUGUGUGUGAACGAGAGGUGAGGUGGCUUCAGGAUCCAGACAUGAAUUCCUGUUGGAAAAUGAAGAUUCAGAAUGAAAAGCCUCUGGGUCAUUCUGCAAGCAGGUCCAGCAAUAUAUCAAAGGCGGGGAGCCCGACUUCAGUCAACGCUCCAUGCAGUUUCUCCAGGACGUCGGUUUCCCCCUCCAGCCAGGACAUCUGCAGGAUUUGUCACUGUGAAGGGGAUGACGAGAGCCCUCUGAUCACACCAUGCCACUGCACGGGGAGCCUGCGCUUCGUCCACCAGGCCUGUCUACAGCAGUGGAUCAAGAGCUCCGACACUCGCUGCUGUGAGCUCUGUAAAUAUGAGUUCAUCAUGGAGACCAAGCUCAAACCGCUGCGCAAGUGGGAGAAGCUACAGAUGACAGCGAGCGAGAGAAGGAAGAUCAUGUGUUCGGUCACCUUCCACGUCAUUGCCAUCACCUGCGUGGUGUGGUCGCUCUACGUCCUCAUCGACAGAACAGCGGAGGAAAUCAAACAAGGGAUCCUGGAAUGGCCUUUCUGGACCAAACUGGUGGUGGUGGCCAUCGGCUUCACGGGCGGACUGGUGUUUAUGUACGUCCAGUGCAAAGUCUACAUCCAUCUAUGGAGGAGACUGAAGGCUUACAACCGGGUCAUAUACGUCCAGAACCGGCCAGACACGUGUAAAAAGCUGGCGCUGGAGAAGCCGCCCCUCAUGGAGCCAAGCCUGGAGAACAAGGAGGCUCUGGCGCCCACCCAGUCAGACACAAACUCCUCCCAGUACACAGAGACAGAGGACUACAGUAUGGAGGUGCUUCAUGUCUGACCGCUCGGUCCAUGCCAUUGGUUGUCCUACUCAUGCUACAAACAGGCCCACAGUGAAGAACAGCAGCCGUCAUGGGAAAGCUCAGUGACUGAGAAACGACUAGACACUCCCCUCCCUCUGAUCCCAGACUGACCCGCCGUCCUCCUCUGCUCGUCUUAUAUUCCCCAAACUCCAUCCAGAGACAGACAGACCAUGACUAUCUUCUUCUCUGCACAUUCCUCCUAUCAGACUUUAUCCCUCCCUCCACCUGCAACCCCAAUGCACACUCUCCUUUCCCAGGGCCGGACUGUUUUUACUGACUCCUGUGAAUGUCUGAAGAGGCCUGGAGCACACCACUCUGCACACACACGCAUACACACACACACACACACACACACACACACACACACACACACACACACACACAUUUGUAUGUACACGUCUGGGAGAGCAAGACUGAGACAAAUAGACUCACAAAUGGCUCCAGAGGUCUACACGUCUGAUGCGUGGUGUCUUUGCUUGUGGGUUUGUUAGAUUUGUUUGUUUUUACCUCCUGUGAGUCUUGGGCUAACCUGCCAUGGAUCAGUAUGUAGCGCCGCGCAUCGGAUCUCUGGAACAUUCCAGCUACUGCCAUCUCUGUUGGUCUGUCAGCUCCGAGCUGGUCUGUAUCCAACCAGGCCUUGAUCUGGACAUGCAUCGAAGCACUUUUGUUUUUUAGUUCCCACAACAGACCCCCUCCCCGUCCUCUUACCCUUUGGUUUCUUUACUCUGAAUUACUGUAUAUGUUGUACAUGGGGGAGAGCACAUUGGAACUCCUGUUUUGUUUGACGUUUCCUCAUACACAUAUAUAUUAACCCUCCCAUGGAUGACAAAAAAGGAAUCGGGGGGUUAAAAAAUCGCGGUGAGAGAAACGUUUGAGUGUGUUAGUGAAAAUAGACAAAAUGAGUUAUGAAUACGACGCCAGGCUCAAAGCUCCAAUGCAGAUAAUGGAAGAUCCAGCCACACGACUUCUUUACCCCCAACAUGAACUUUCUGAAGGCUUUGAGAAUGUAAACUUUUUAAAAAAAAAAACGAUAAAAAAUGAAUAAAAUACACAAAAAGAAAAACAUUUUCUACUGGUCACAGGAAAUUGCGAGAUAAUUUCCGUGUCUUGAGAACAUUAUGAGAGCCUUUGGGCAUAAACAACGUCGCUCAUGUUUUUCUAUCAUGCGAAUGACACAGUAUUUACAGUGUGAUAUUCCAUGUGCAGUUUUUAACAUGUUGAUUUGUUUGCUUCGUCACGGGAUGUGCCCUGAGAAAUCAACAGCUGCCUAUUCUCAAUCCGUCUGUUGCUCCCACUGUGCAGGCAGUGCAUCGGUUCACACUAAAGAUAUUUAAGACUAACAAACAGGCAGACUGUAAGCGAGUGUGUUUACAUUUGACUGCUCAGUUUCAGGACCUGCACAUCUACAAUCCAUCCCUGUAGUUAUGCUAACACAAGUCAGCACAGAGCACAAGAUGUGAUGUUUGGAUGUGACGUAUUGGAUAAUUACUGAGCAUUUCAGGCAGGCAGGAGUCUCAGUUUCAGCGAAAGUGUCUUGUUUCUUCUCACCAGGCUCUUAUCACAUGGUGAAGUGUCUAUUUUAGAAUUUAAUCACAAGACUGCCAGCACGCUGCCUCCCAUUUGAUUGAGUGUUUUCCCCACAUCUAGCCUUAUGUGGCUUAAAUGAGGUAUCCUAGCACCUCUUUUUUUUCCCAUUUCUAUAAGAAAGCACAGCUUAAAUAGUGUCACUGCAUUAUUUCAUCUGUCAGGAUCAUUUUUUAAAUCCCUGUUGGUCAUCUUAUUCAUCAGUGAUGGCAGUUUGUUUUUUUUUUGCAAUUAAACCAAUGCAACACAUUCAUACUUUUUAUGCUGGUGACACACAGUCUGCAUUAUGUCUCACUGAUGAGUUGACUGGAGCUCCACCUGCUGGUGAGAAGCUGACGGUGCGGUCUGAGGUAGGCCGCAGUUGAUUUCUCAGGGUGAUGUGUUUUGGGCUUACAGUCAUUGUAAGUGCUUUUGUGUAUGUGGGAGCACAGCGAUGCCGGGCUCAUGUUGAGCCUUACAGCCAUUCCAGCAACACACACAUUUUUAAAAACCUGUCUUUGAUACCAGUAUACUGUCUGUGAACGAACGAUGGUCCAGCAACAUAAUAUGUGACAAUUACUGCUCGGCAGCAGCAGCAAUAAAUGAAAUCAGCGCUUUGUUUUUGCAACAAUUCAUACUGUACUUGUGUAUAUGCCCCACGGUGACUUGAGAUCUGGAGUCUAAUAUGAUUUUAAUACAUAAUAUGAGCCGAGGGAGUUGUUGUGUGUCAAGUUGGAUUAUGAUCUAGUGAACGAGAAGCUUCUCUGAAACUUUGAUACCCACGAGGCUCAGUGCAAUUAGACAGAUAAAAAGUGCAAUUACCCUUUUGUUGUUAUUCUAUUCUAUAGUUAUGUAAUGGUGUUUAAUGUCCAGGGUGUCCUCUGGGUAUAAAAUGAUUAUUUCUUCAUUUUGUGUUGUAUUUAUUUUUAAAAGAAAACAGAGUACAGUUUGUUCAUAAAAAAAACUUUCAUUAGUAAUUUUAUGCAACUUACACUUAAGUUUUUUUUCCCAGGCUUAAAAACCACAUCACCAAUUCACUCAUUGUUUUGCACUUCAGAUUUUAGAGCUGUAAAAAGUUUGGUUGCUCGACCUUGACGUGAAUAUCUGCUCCUCUGUCUCGCUUUUUUAAAUUGCUUCAUGGAUUUUGUUUAAAUAUUAAGAAUAUAAACGGCAGCAUUAGAUUUGAACCUUCUAUGUUUCUCACGUAAAAACAACAUUAAAUAUUUAGAUGUGUAGUUACGUGAGAUCGAUGAUUAAAGAUUUUACUUUCUACUCACAGGAGCUGGCUCCUUUCAUGAAGUCUGAGACAGAAGUUUCGAGGCCACUUUAGGAUGCUUUACAAGCACGCAUGUUCCUCUCUGAGAGCAGCUUUUCUUUUCUUAUUCUCUAUCACCAUUUCUUCUGUUUAUAAUCCUACUGAGCAGCACAUUGACUGAGAAGGAAAAGUUCUUUCUCAGCAUCACUGUCCCAGUAUUUUAAGUUUUACCCGUCUGUCUUUACCCUGUGGCUUCCAUUUAAUCGUGUCUGGGAAUCGUGUAACUUGCAUAAAGCUACAUUUGUUUACUACUGACUGGACUUGAACAUGUAUGACUGUUCCCCUGUCUUAUGAUAUCAUUCCACAAGUUUGUCUGUGAAUUUUCUUUGGAAUAGUAACUGUAAAGAAUUUGGUAAAAAGUACUUAUGUUUUUAAAAGAAAUAUCGAUGUGUUUUCAGUUUAAUUUCCCAUUAUUGAACAAAGUAUGUAGAAUUAAAAAAAGAACAACCAAAUAAAAAUUAAGUUACUUUUAA